AUGCGUCAAAGUGGAGGUCGUGCCAAGGAUAUCAUCUUUAUCUUAUUACUAUUACAACAACUACUGUGUGUGCUUCCUACUAUGUCUACUACAACAUCCGCAAACCGAUCCCAGAUCACCAAGUUCCUUGCUACCCCUGAGUCCUUCACCGGUGUCAAUGAAUCCCAAAUCACCACCUGGUCCGCUUUUAACGAAGCAUUCAAGAAGCAAUUCAUUGCCAAACAUCUGGAAGAUGUCUGGUGGCAAGAACUCGAAGGCAUACAACAAAGUCCUUUCAAUCAAUCAAUGAUGUUGCGUUUCGUCUACAGAAGUUAUUCAGCUUUGUCGGUCUAG